AUGUAUGCAGUCGUCUGGGUACUCCUCGUCGCGCUUUUGGCUGCUGUAUGGGACUCACAUCGACGCUCUGCCGUACUCGGUGCGAUCCCCGUGGUCGGCUACAGCACGCCGCUGCUCUCCAUGAUCACGGCGCUGCAGUUCGUGCGUAACAGCCAGAGAAUGAUCGAUGAGGGCUAUCGCAAGUACCGCGGGGGCCUGUACAGGAUCCGCCUCCUUGCACACUGGAUCGUCGUCGCGACGGACGCGCAGGCCAUCGAGGACAUCCGCCGCGCGCCCCCGGACGUGCUGUCGUUUGGGGCCGCGCAGGACGUCUUCUUGCAGACGAUACAUACGGCGGGCGUGGAGGUCGUGCACGACCGCUCGCAUGUGACGUGGAUCCGGAGCGAGCUCACGCGCUGCAAUGCCGCGCGGUUCGACGCGCUCCGGGAGGAGAUGGCGGUCGCGCUGGACGAGCAGAUUCCGCUGAGUACAGAGUGGAAGGCGUACCCGGUGGAAGAGGUCGUCGCGCACGUCGUGUGCCAGAUGAGCAACCGGCUGUUCGUUGGGGAGCCUCUAUGUAGGAACCCAGAGUACCUGAAGCUCGCAAUGAGCUUCGCCAACGAGUUCAUCAGGGACGUCAUCGUCGUCAAGUCGUGCCCCGAGUGGCUGAAACCAGCAGUGUCCCGCCUGCUGGGGAACGCGCGAAAAUGCGCGAAGCGGGUCGCGACCCACCUCCGACUGGUGAUCGAGCAGCGAGACGCAGCGAAGAGAGCUUCCGAGAAGGCCAGCGCGUCGAUACCUGACGAUGCACUCCAGUGGUGCUUGGACAAUGCCACGGGAGAUGCGCGACAGCCUGAGAACCUCGCUCUGCGGAUGCUGUGGAUCAACUUCGGCGCGCUGCAUUCGCCCACCGUAACGUUAGUAUUCGCCCUCUACCACCUCGCCUCGUCUCCACAGUACGUGCAGAUUCUGCGCGAGGAGGUCGACGGCGUCUUCGCGCACGAGGGCUGGUCCAAGGCCGCGCUCGGGAAGAUGCGUAAGCUCGACAGUUUCCUCAAGGAGGUCUUGCGCCUGAACCCGCCUGGCAUCUGGGCGCAGCAACGACUCGCCCUGCAGCCGUUCACGUUCAGCAACGGCCAGACGGUCCCGGCGGGCACGAUGCUCGCGUGCCCCGUGCUCUCGCUGCACCGAGACGAAGAUAACUACCGCGAGGCCGCCGAGUUUCAGCCAUGGCGGCACUGCGAGGACAACGAGGCGCACAAAAAUCUGUUCGUGACGACCAAGCCGGACUUCAUGCCGUUCGGGCACGGGGCGGACGCGUGCCCGGGUCGGUUCUUCGCUGCGAUUCAGCUGAAGGCGCUGCUGGCGCACAUCGUGCUGACCUAUGACGUGCGGUUUGAGGAGGGCAGGGGAACGCCUGAGAGGCGGUUCGUCGCUGGGGUGCUCUUGCCCGGGAAAGCCGACUUGGAGUUUAGACAGCGGGCAUAG